UCAUCUUCGCGCUCCGAUUCCUGUGCGCGUUCGUCUUUGGGUGCGGUUACGUUUCGUUUCCGGAACGGUACGUUCGACAGACGGACGAUAACCACGGAGUGCCUGAAGCGAAUAGUGAAGCGUAGAAACGAUCGUGAACGAUUCGCGGGAUUCGCAUUUCCUGGUGAAGAUCCUUCUCGAAGCGGUUAUCAUUACAUGGUGUGCGCGCCCACGGUAUGCGUGUCUGUGGUGUGCAUUAAGUAUCAAGUGUAUGAGUGUGUGUGUCGAUGCACUUCACUUUCGGUUGGCGCUUUGCAGAAAUUGCACUUUUGCUGCAACGGUCCGAGACCGUGAUCGCGUUGUUCAAACUUGGAACGUUUCCUCCUUAUAAGGCGGCUUGGUACGCGGCCACCGCGGCCAUCGUCAUCAUCAUCAUCAUCAACGUCGUCUACGUCGUUGUCAAGCGCCGUCGUCUGCUAGUGCGAUCGACCGCGGAUCGUCAUUGUCGCCGGCCCCUUUGCUUCUUUCUUUGCGCGCUUGUAGUACGUGCCGUGCCGUGUAUGCGACUCGCGUGAUUGGCCCCUGGGUAACUGUUCCGUUCUCGGUGUGCCUUUACCACGGUGGUGCCGGCGGUGUUGCUGGGAGGUAUGCCUCUUUAAGGGGAGUGCCGCCGCUACUGCUGCACGCUGCUGUUGGCCUGACUGCCUGACUGACCUAGUACUGCUGCUGCUGCUGCGUGCCUAACAUCACCUUGCCAGCCAGGCCGGCAUCAACGGUGAUCAGCGAGCGAACCGACGAGCCGCUGUUAUCCGCGACGAGAUUCCAAGUUGAAUGCAUUGAGAGAAUCACUGUUCUUUGCCGAAAGAAAGUUCACUUUCCGCGCGGCACGAUGAACGAUCUGCUGUGCCUGAAGAUGCUCCGGUCCGAGCUGGCGGAUCUGGACUUUUACGACGUGGAGGAUGAGAUGCGAGAGCACCGGGUGUUCACCGAUAAGGAGUGCAAGGAGCUGCUACAGGAGCCGACCGACAUCAGCCGGCUCGAUCUGAUAUUUAUACUGCUCGAAAGCAAACAGAUCCACGAUUCGCAGAUCGUGGCCCGGUUCAUGGAUGGACUGAGGCAGGAUUACGAUUGGAUCGUGGACCAGUGGGACCGGUACCGGACGAAGGAUACCAGCCUCGAUUACACGCUGUACAAUUCAUACCGCAACGGAUCGCCCAUUCCGACGCACAACUCGGUCAGCGUGUUCCGGAAGGAUCAACGAUGGAUCAUCCACAAGCACCUGAUGUCGUUGCGGGCCGGUGCAUCGGAGCAGCGGUACCUGUUCAUCCACGGCAAGAUCGGAACCGGCAAACAGACGCUCAUCGGCGAGGCGUGCGCCGAUUUUACCAUCGUCAAGCGAAUGAACUUUAACAUCUUCUAUCUGGAUCUGGCGUACUGCAACACGGACGAGGCGACGCUCGAGAUGCUGGAGAAGCUGUGGGUGCAGUUUCCCAAUUCGAGCGAGGGUGAAGAUCGGGGCAUCAAAAUCAUCUACCCCUCGAACUGGAUCGAGUACUGGAAGCGUAUAUUUGUGCGCAAGUUUGAUAAGGAGUUCGUCGACAGUUUGCUGGUGCUGGCGCACGUCCGUGAUCCGCAGCUGCUGCGGCACUUCGACUUCAAGUGCAAGACGGUGGUGAUCACGAGCAACAUCGAUGUGGUGCAGGCGAUCGCCGAAUCGGAGCGGUUUCUGGUGGAGCUACCGAAGGGUUUUACCGAGGCCGAAAGUCUGGAGCUGUUUGCGAGGGCGCUGAAGAAGAAGACAACGAUGUUACCGGCACAGGCGACCCUCAUUCAUCGGUCGUGUCAGGGCAAUCCGUUCUUGAUCAAUCUGAUUGCGCUGCGCAUGAGCGAAGAGUGCCGGAAUGAGGUGGCCAUCGAUUGGGAACAGCACGUGAACAAUCUGCGCAACUUUCGGUUGAGCAAUACGGAGCGGAUCACGCGGACGAUCGGUGCCACGUUGGCACAGUUCACCGCGGAGGAGCAACAGUACUUCUGGGAUCUGGUGAUCUUCCGGGACAAUGUGCCGCUGUCGUUGGGUGUGCUAGAGAUGUACUGGCAGCUGGACCGGGAGACGACCGAGAGUUUCCUUUCGAAGCUGGAGCGGCGCGGUUUGCUGGAGAAGCGCGUCUGUAAGAAUAAGUUGUUUUAUAUGAUGCAAUACAUUUGUUAUAACGAGAUCAAACAGCCAGCGAACGCGGACAUUUCCGCACUGCAUCGUCGUCUGCUAGAGCGCUAUAGUAUCCGGGAGAAGCUAGCGCACCGUCGGGAGCUGGAGCUGAAGGAUGAGUUCCCGAAUGAUGACUAUUUCCACUUCUACAUCGGUUAUCACAUCGAGCAGGCGGGCGAUUUCGCGAUGUUCGAGGAGCUGUACCAAGACUUUGGCUUUCUCGAGCAGAAGCUGCGUGUGGCCGGAUUAGCUAACACGGUCGGUGAUCUGCGGAAGUACCUGGGCCACAUCUUUCCGCAUCACCCGGACCCUGAAGCGAUGAUCGAUACACUGAUCGAUUUCCUGAUGGGUGCGGAGUGUUUGCUAUCGGACGAUGCGCGGCUGCUGCAGCGAGCCCUCAACUUUCCGGGUGAUAUAGCGGAGAUGGCCGAACGGCAGGUUGAUCGUUUCCGGAACCGAGUGUGGUUCCGCGAUGUAGCUCACUGUCUGGAAACGUCGGUAGUGAAGCUGUGCAAUCGGCCGGUGAAGGUGCGUUUCCAGGAUUCGGAGCACGUGUUUGUGUCGCUGGAGAGCAACGAAAUUCAGCUGGCCAACCUGUCCGUGUACUACAGUGUACCGCCGGUGACGUUCAAGAGCUGUGAUGGCGAUCAGAUUAAGGACAUGCAGACGAUUAACCCGUUUCUGGUGGCCCUUAAUGCACGUGGCUUUCUCAAGGUGUGGUCCACCAGAAAUCUUCCCGAUGGGCCAGACUACCGACCGAACGGUAUUUCACGUGAAGCCGAAAUGACACUGUAUGCCGGGAACGGCUUCAGUGCCUUCUGUGUGCUGACGCAGGACAAUCGUACCGAGCUGAUUGCCAUCAGCCGAAAUGGGCUGCUGUGUGUGUACAAGGUGUACUCACCGAUCUUCCGGACGGAUAAGCCGGACAUUAAGUAUCCGACCCAGAUCCAAGAUGCUUACUAUCUGCUUCCGUUAAGGGAAACGAGUGGCAGGGCCAAGGGUUCGGUACGUCGCUGUCUAUUUCUAGCGAAGGAAGACGGUGGUCCAAUUGGACUGAUCUUUAACAUGAUCUCGACGAGCGUAGAGUCCAAGUUCGCGGAACCACCGGUACUGAACGUGCACCAGCAGGGUGAAGGGUUGCUGUUUGUGAACAAACGGCAGAUACGGUGGCGUUCGACGAAAUCUGCCACCGAUCCGGUCGUUGUGUACGAGAACCGUAACGGUGACAUUACGUGCAGCGUGCUGGUGAGGAUGCAGUAUGAUGAUCUUCGGUACAUGGUGCUCGGUACGGAGCGUGGCAUCUCGAUCAUCGAUAUUGCGGAGCGAGUGGAGAUCCGUCGGAUGAACAUUAGCCACGCGAUCACCGAUCUCGAUGUGCUGUUGCUGGAGGCGAAUAUGUUGCACGUGCUGCUCGCAUCGACGGCCAAGGAUGGUAAUAAUGCGAUGAACCUGUACAGCAUCUCGUUGGCAUCGGGCAAUCAGGUCGUGGGCAGUCAGUUCCAGCUCGAGGGGACGACCGUGUUUCACGCCGAUAUGGGAGAUAGCACGGGUGCUGGUGGUAGUGCCGGUGGGUACCCGGUGUUACUGAACACGAUCAACCGCAACUGCACCUUCCAACAGAUGCAGCUGGAUGAUGGCGAGUGCGGUAGUACCGGACAUGAGCGUUCCUUUCAAAAUGAAAACAUCGAUGCGCCUGUGACGCGGCUGGUGAAAGCUGGUUCGGGCUACUAUCUGGGUCUGGAGAAUGGGAAGCUACUGAAGCUUUCGAACUGGACGAGUGAUUCCGAGGUGGAGGAGAUUGUCAAUUUGGAAACCAAAAUCAAUUACCUGCAGUGCUUUAGGGCGGCCUCGGUUGAGUCAGGCACCAUCUCGGAGCUAAUGGUCGUCAGCAGUCAAUCGCGUUCGAUGGUGUAUGUGGAUGAGGUCGAGCAUCUUUCACUGCCGGACAAGAUACGGUGCUGUUACCUGUUGUAUGAUCGCUUUCUUUUAAUCAUCGGCGAUCGUUGCUCGAUACAGAUUUAUGAUCUGGAAACGAAACUGCUGGAACUAGUACAAAAAGAGAUUGAACGAUCGUACGGUGCGUCGGACUGUCUGCUGUCGGAACGAGCGGCUCUCAUCCUCUGCACGGCGGAUGGUAUCGUGUACCAUCUCGGUCUACCCCAGAUAAGCAUCGAAACGUCCAGCUUGACACCCUUCGACGAACUGGCCACAAUCCCGGCGGCUCCCGGGCGCCGCAGCAAUGACGUGAUCUGUAGCUGUGCUCUCUCACCGGAUGCCGAGUUCCUGGCCGUUGGUUGCUACGAUGGUCGUAUCAUACUGCACAUGAUGGAGUUACAGCGGCAGCUGGGUGUGCUGGAAUCACACAAACACCCGGUAACGGCGUUGCACUUCAGCAACUGGACCGAUCCGAAUGCUCCCCACAUUCUGGCCAGCGUCGGUGAGCAGAUCGUGUUCUGGAGCGUCGAUUAUCUCGUCAACAAUCAGAAGCAAGACCGCCGUAGCAAUGGAGUGUUGCGCCAUUCGGGGCGCUUCCCGGUGCGUAAAACGUUGCCAGGUCCUCCGAGCGAUGCGAACUGCUCACCUACACAGGUGGCCAUUAAUCGUCGUUCGAUAGGGAGUGACUCGGGACGUUCGACGCCCCUGUAUGGAAGUCCGAUUCAGCGUAGCUUCCUGGGGGAACGGUUCGAAGAAUCGGCCCAUUGGUACGAUAAGCGGGGCAGUACCGACAAACCCUAUCUACUGUCCUGCAUCAAACUGGUCGGCCGUGCUAAGCAGCUAAUAGUGAACCGCGAUUUCAGCAAGUUCCUCACGGUAGACGACGAGGGUUUCAUACAUUAUCUGCGUUUCUACAAACCUAAGGCGAGUCAACAGUUCCUGAUGCCACCACCACCGGCCCUGCUAUCACCGCAUACUGCGGGUUUUAGUGGCGGUUCGAAUCGCUCGCCGGUGAUGGCCAAUGGCUCCGGUACGAACGGUUCCGGUACGAAUGGUUCCCACGCCUGACGGUUGUUAGCAAGCGAACGAUCGUUACGGAUCUGCAACUCCGUUCUUCUACUAUACGCCAUCUACCAGUACGUGCUCUGGUUGGAGACCUCGGGGGGAUGAUUAGGGAAGGGGAAGCGUGGUCCUGCCAGAGAACGAGACAGUAAAAGAGAAAGCGAAGAGAUCCACGGUACAAAUCGGAUUCGUUCGCUUGCGACACACAUUAGAAUCUGUGGUAGGUGCAGCUGCAGCGGUUUUGCUCAAUGGUUUCAAAUCGCUGUCCUGCCAUUUCUCGUUCAUCCAUAGUCUGGAAUGCUGUGCCAAAAACACAGGACUCUUCUGUACUGCACUCAUGAGCCGUCGCACAAGUGCAUACGAAUGAUAGAAAUAUUUGUUCUUUACUUAAUAACUAUUGAUAAAUCAGAUAGCAUAAUGAGUACAACGGGCGCAGGGCUCAACAAUCGGGUCCCGGGAGAUCGGGUGCCACCAACACUGCCACCGUCGCCGUGCUCGUAGGCCAAAGCUAUCUAGAGUUUAUUAGAGAAUCUUCGACUAUUUCUACAAACGAUACCGCGAAACUGCGAUAGUGACCAAGCAAUUGUAGUGUAAGAUUAGCGCGAGCCCGUACUGACCACAAAAAAACAAAAAAAAACGGUUCGCCUGGGCCAGUAGCGUCGAUAGAGAUGAUUAAUCUUUUUCCCGUUCAUAUUUCUCCGCUUUUACGGCAUGAUCGGUUUUAUUCAUUGAUAGAUUUCGAUAGUAUGCAUUUCAUCUUCGAGAGUAGGUAAAAUGGUGCGUGCGUGAAUACCUUUACAGUAUAUGGUAGGGUCCAACUAUUGUACAAAGUUAGUUCGAAUGAGUUUUGCUCAGCAGUGCUAGUUAAACGGUGCGAUGCUUAAGUAGCUUGUAGAAUGUUUUGUAUGUGUGCAUGUGCGUGCGUUUUUGUAUGUGUGUUUUGUUUGUAGAGCGAUUUUAGAACAAAGGUUACACACGAUGCUUCUCGCGACUGUCCCCCGGAAUGGUGGCAUCUCGAACUAUUUCAUUUAGUCAAGCAAAAAAGAUACGCGAAACAUUCCGGUAGUAGCUGUAAAUAGUACUUUGUCCCGGCUUUUUCGUGACGAUAAAUUUGAGCAAAAGCAAAAUCUACGAACACAAUCUACGCAAAUGACAAUGCUUCUUAUACAAAUUGUGCGACCAAAUGGAUCAAAAUAAAUUUUAUACAAAAUCGAAUACAUCGAAUGUGAA